GAUAGGAUUAAUCUUGGGUCGUCACCGAUCUGGAAGUUACAAUCAUGAACGCCAUUUUCCUUUUUCUCCUUGGUCUUCUUAUCAAUUACGGUACUAGCAGUCUGAUCUACACAUCCAUCUACUGGACCCCAGAAAAUCCUUUGUAAGUAACCAUUUGUGGCGAUUCAUCGUCACGGGUUUUGUUUAGUCAGUAUAAACAUAACAAGGAGAUUAAAAAGCGAAAGCAAUUUUAUUCUUUAAAUCUUUGGAUACAGCUCUUCGCGGCUUGAAGACAUUUUUCCCGUCAUCUUCCAAAUUGUUUUAGUCACCGCAAAUUAAAAUUGUUUUUAAUGAAUGGAUAUUUUUUGAUAUAAUCGAAAAAUGAAUUCGUGGUCGAAGCUAGAGUAAAGACGAAUGUGUAAUCCUCAUAUGUAAAGCUCUGGAGGGAUUCAGUGCCAAAAUUGUCAACAAAUAAUGCAUUUCAGCAGUAGGCAACACAAUCAUUCGAGCAGAAGUGGGCGAGCAGAGCGCUAGCGUAGAAAGCCGAAAUUAUAAUAUCAAUAAAUUUCCUCUAAUAUCAAGCAAACUUGCAAAUGCAACUUUCAGGCAUGCCUAAAAGCGGAAGCUAAGCGGAGAUCAAGUUGGAUCACGACUUAAACCAUCAAUGGACCAUUUUCGAUAUAUUAAAAUUCAUACUUGACUCCGAGGCUUGGGGGAAAUAAAACAAAAGAAAUGUGUUAUUCAUUACUGAGCCUCAAGAUGAUUUCUGAUGAUUGAUCACUCAGAUCCCACUCUUCCUUUCGCAGAGAGUCAUAAAUUAAUUAUAAAUCUUUUAGUUUUAUAUGUAUGUUUUUACUCUUUUCCUUUCUCAGAGUAUCAUAAGUUUAUAAUAAAUCCUAAUUUUCAUUUUUAUGUUUUACUCUCUUCUUUUCGCAGUGUAUCAUAAAUUAAUAAUAAAUAUUUUCUCAUAUUUAUGUUUUUAGGUUUCUAGCCGAUGGAAAACGUUGUAACUCAGGGCACAGGACUCUUAGCGUUCAACUACAAUCUAAAGUUCAUUUUAUUUGCCCUAAUACGGCUUCUGUGAUGAAAAAUGCUGCAACCCCAGCUCUUACAGCAAAUAUGUACGAAAAUCUUUGGAUUGUGUACAAUAAACAAGUUUUUGACAAAUGUGACACAUCCACAGAGGGUGAAAACAGGACAAGUAAGCUCUUGUUGCGGUGCAACACUCCAACAAAGUUGAACUAUUACCCGUUGCUAUUUUCCAAGUUUGCAGCAGACCCAAAAGGGCUGAGGUUUAAAGAAGGACAAAAAUAUUAUUUUAUUGGUAAGUGAUGGAAACAGUUCAGUUCUGAAUAAGAAUACAAGUGAAGAGUAGAUAUAAUAAUGCCAAAUACCACCCACCUUCCCACCAUACAACUGCAAUCAAAAAUGAUUUCAUGCGGAGGUCAGAAUGCAAGGAUGAGAAAAAUGUAUCUUCAUGUGCCUUUAUGGGUAAUUCCGUUUUUGUGAUUUCAAAGAAAUGCCAAAUUUUAAAAUACCAUAUUUACUGGAAUAAACGCCGUGGCACUUAUUAAUUUUCUCGACGUCUCGACGCGACGCUUAUUUGGAGACGGCGCUUGUGUAAGGAAAGCUCUUUAGAACGCCUCAUGUUCUAUACCUCAAGAACAGCUAAAAAUCUGGUAAAUAUUUCUUGAUGGCUGUUUGUUGACCUCAGACUUUCGGUUGUAUGUUUUGUUCACCCACGUAUUUUUCCUUUCAUUUCCUUCGUUCUGUUAUUUCUAUUUUUAUAAUGUCUUUAAUUUCCAUUUUUUCUUAUUUUUACAUUUUUUGAGAUACUUGGUAAACACGUUCAUUCGCUGCGUUAAAUCUAUUAUAAAAUUACCAAGAUUCUUUCUAGCAGCAGUGAGAUGAAAUCGAAAUUUAUAGACAAAUAAUUGCGAUAUAUAUAUAUGUGUGUGUGUGUUAAAAUUGAUACUUGGGCCCCCGAGGCUUUGGGGGAAUAAAACAAACGAGACAUAUUAUUUAUUGCGGAGCCUCAAGUUGAUUUCUUUUGUUUUAUUCCCCUAAGCCUCAGUGCCAAGUCUGAAUUUUAAUAUAUCGAAAUUGAUCCAUUGUUUUUCAUUAUUUUUUUACAUUUCAAUGUUCAGGUGUUCAGGGGAUUACCUUGGCCUCUAGGGGCAAGGCCAAUCCUGUCCUUCGAACCGGGAACCAUGGAGACCCGUAUCAUUCGGUGAUCACACAAAACGGCUCAUCUCUGACACCAUCAAAGUUUAAUUUUCUCAAGGAAGGUUAUAUAAGAAAUCCAAAUAAAUUUAGGCAGGGCUGGUUAAAUCGUAGUGACGACUGGGACAUUCCCGAUGUGUGUACCUCUCCCUAAUCAAUUUACAGCCAGGGGCAGGGACAGAAAUGCUUCUUGUUCUCAGAGAUCAGCGAUGGUUUAGUCAGUUGAGAUUCCAGAAACGUGGAUGCCUUCGAUCAGGCAAAACAGUAGCCUCCCACGCAAGCGUUUUUAGGGAAGCUCGUUUACGCCUGCGUGGGAGGCUAGCAAUAAAGCAGCCGAACGGUACUACAGCGGACCCUCAGGGAACAGUUUCCAACAAUGCUUCGAAUCGAAACCCCAGCAACCAUGUGGUUUGCUUGUCCCGCCCAGAUUAGCAGUUUCUACAUGCGUUCAGAAGUUUUGUUGUUGUUUGCCUGUCUUUGUCAUGCACCAGUCACAAGCAACGAUCGUUUUCCUACUUAGUCACACUCAGAAUUUGACACCAUCGCCUCUCUAAAGACCAAGUCCCGAUUGUUCAAACAUUGGAUAGCGCUAUCCAUCGGAUAAAUCACUAUCCAGCGGAUAAUACAAAUUGGUUUUCCUAAUACGUAUCCGCUAGAUAGUGAUUUAUCCGGUUGAUAGCGCUAUCCAGCUUUUGAACAACCGGCGGGGCGUGAUAAAUUACUAUCCUGGAGAUAAAUAUUAGGAAAACCAACUACUCUAUCCACUGAAUAGAGAUUUAUCCAGUGGAUAACGUUAUCCACCUUUCGAACAACUCGGCCCUGCAGUGCUCGGUCGAAACGAGGCGAUCAAUGACCAUCAUCCAUCAUGAGACAAAAGAUAAAACCACUAAGAGACGCAUUGGCGUCUGACACGGUGCGGCGAACAGAUGGAAUUGAUUCGCGAACAAGAGAUCUUGCCAGUACAAGCAGGCUUUAUUGGCCAGCCCCGUUCGUCCGUUCUUCAUCUCAAUUCUUAUUAACUCUAAAAAAACUAUCUACCAAAAAAGUCGAUUCUAAUUGUAAUUGUAGGUUAUUUAUCUGGAAUAAAUUACCGGCAACGGCAUGCAGAGCUAACAUAAAUCAAAUGAGUUUUAUGGAUAUAUCUUCCAGGAACAUCUGAUGGAACGGAGUCCCACAUCAAUGACACCAGGGGUGGUCACUGCAGUGACACAAAAAGAGGAAUAUUCAUGAAAAUUGAAGUCUAUGUCUGCAAAAAGAAUAAUCUAAAUGAUACAGGUAUUUUUAUCUCUCUCCCCCGUUACUGUCUCCGCCCCGCCCCCUUUUCACUCGCUCCAACUCCUUGUCUUUUUUGGAAUUUUACACUUCGGUUAAGUGAGUAGAACGUUUCGCGCACGCCCAGAAACAAUUAGUUAAUGAUGAUGAUUUAAUAAUAAUUUAAAAAUUUAUAGUGCGCAAAUUUCUAUGUAAACUAUAGUCAGAUGCGCGAUAAGAAUAAAUAACUUAAAAAAUAACUUUAAAAAAUGUGUAAAUAAAAUAUACGUCAGGAGCCCAUGGGCUUAUAAUUAUUUGAUCAAAAAGUUAAACGCUAAAAGAUUUUUAAAAUACAUUUUAAAAAGUGAACGACGUUUCGGCGCUACGUUACGCCAUUAUCAAGUUGAAAAGUGAAAAAUAUAAGGUGUAAAACGAAUAUAUAAAAUUCGAAACAAUACAUAAAAUAUUUGCGGGUCCAAUGGGUAUAAUUCCCAAGGUAAGAAACACAAUAAGAGAAAAAAAAAAUAUAUAUAUAUAUAUAAUAAAUAAAUAUAUAAUAUAUAAAAAUAUAUAAAUAAGUUCAGCCAGGAACCAGAUAAAGAAAUACACACAGUGCCUUCAGUAGACCCAUCUGUUUACAUAGUAUUGCCCUUUAAAGAUCAGCGAUCAGCUGAUCGCGUACGCAAAGAUAUCUAUUCUCUGGGAGCCAAGAUCGAUGUUAAUGUAAAACCCGACUUUACAAGCAGAAAACUGUCACCAGCCCUGAGUGUCGAGGAAAACAAGCCCCAGAUCGUCAACACUCAAUGCGUUGUAUACUUAUUUCAAUGUGAUUUGUGCGAUGCAAAUUAUGUUGGGUACACUGCCCGACACUUACAUCAACGCAUAAGUGAGCACCGUUAUUUAGCCAUCGGGAAACACCUUGAAACACAGCAUGGCAACAACAGAACAAAGACUGACCAUCUUUUCAAAGUUCUGAAGAAAUGUAACAGCAAGUUUGAUUGCUUAGUCUACGAGAUGUUAUACAUCAGGGGCACCCAACGAGAACAUAGCAUUGUUAAACGUGUUUUAGUAUUUAAACGGUGGAUAUGGGCAUAUUUUUAUCCCCUAUAAACUUUUCAUCUGUUCGGAUUUCCUAGCUGAAAGUCUAGUGAUCUGAAAAUUAUAGGGAUCAAAACUUACCUGUUCGAAAAUUUCAGCCAGAAAAAAGGCUCCCGAAAAUUCUAGGUGACCUUUUUAGGGUAAAAAUCCGUUGAAAAUGGGCAAUUUUACCAUUUUUUAGAUGUUCGAAAAUCCUAGGAGAAGCAGGCAAGCAAGAAAUUUUACAACAAAUGUUCCGAAAAUUCUAGAUCUCAAAUCGUCUUCCAAACAGAUAUUUUCCCGAAAAUUGUCGUUAGGUGCCCCAGAUACAUAAGGGAUGUCAAGCCUCCUCUUAACACGCAAGCCGACUCCAUUCGCGCCAAACUAUUUACAUUACACUUUCGUACAAGUUUUUUUUCUCUUAUUGUGUUUCUUACCUUGGGAAUUAUACCCACUGGACCCGCAAAUAUUUUAUGUAUUGUUUCGCUUCUUAUAUAUUCGUUUUACACCUUAUACUUUUUCACUUUUCAACUUGAUAAUGGCGUCAAGAGAGAAUGAGCUAAGCUUAGAUCAUUCUCUCUUGUGGCGUAAAGUAGUGCCGAAACGUUGUUAACUUUUUAAAAUGUUUUUUAAAUGCAUUUUAAAAAUCUUUAAAGCGUUUAACUUUUUGAUCAAAUCAUUUUCGAAAUCUCUCCUGUUUGUAAUUAGUCUUUGUAAUUACUUUUAAAAGUAAUUACUAAAAAAGAUACGUAUGUACAAUAACUGUAGAAAUAAAUAAAAUUAUAGAAUAGUGUAUGUAUGCAUUCAUAACAUUAAAAAACAUGUAUUCAAAGUCCUAGAUCUUGUUCAAAACUAAUCUUAAUUAUAAAUUGAAUUAAAAAAAUAAAUCGUACGCAACGAUUUACAUUUGAUUUUAAAUUUGAUGAGUUGUGGACAAAUUGAUAUUGAUGUAAAUAGCUAUCUACAACUCCAUUCUGAAGUUAGAACUUGAGGGAGUCAUCGUUAUAGAUAUAGGCAAAAUAAGGCGACAAAGAGAACAUUUAUUUUUAGUCCUUCUUCUUAAUGGAAUAAGCUACCCGCGGAAAUAGUUGAGUCAAACUCCUUGGCUGUCUUUAACUCUAAAUCUGACUCCCCUACCUAGCUAAGAAUUACUAGACGUUUUUUACUUCCAUACUUUUUUACUCUAUAUUAUGAUUCACUUAUUUUUAUGUAUGUAUCAUCCGAGUUUAUUUGUUAAUUUUAUCCGGGCAUUGUACAUAUUUUAUGAUCGUUUCUUUUAAUAGUUGGUGCGAUGUCUUUAACAGAUUUUAACAAUUUAGUAAAUGUAGCUGUAGAAGUUAGUUUCGUUAGGUAGAGUGUUCGACAAGUUGUUCCACACAGCCGGCGCCGCCAUUUGAAAGGAGCGAUCACCAAGUGUCUUUUUUGGCUUAAUAGAUAAUAUUUCUAAAAGAAGUCCAUUGUUGGAUUGUAGAUUGUAUCUGGAGCUCUCUUUUCAGUAGUCCGCUGACGGUCCAUGCAUAAACUUAAAUGUUAACACUGCUGAAUUCAGGCAAUGUUGAGUGUGGUGCUGACGAUUUUCAAACCCCUCGGACAUACAACACUUAAUUUCAGGGGAAAUCAAUGUUGAAUGAACUUAUUCCAAAAUUAAGAAUUGGUUCAUGUUCAGCGUGCGUAUAUCGCGAGUUUUAUACAAUGUAGUGAGUUCUACGCGCGCUCUGAUUGGUUGUUUGAUCUUAAAAAAAAAAGUUGAACAUGUUCAAAAGCAGGUGCGGAUCUAUAGAUCGACCGAUUUUUAAACAAUGUAGUGAGUUCUACGCGCAUGCUCUGAUUGGAAAUUUUUGAUUUUAACUCUCCAAAGCCCAUUCAGACAGGAUCAGAUUCAAAAGUUUUAUUUUUAUCAAUAAUUUAUUUAUUUUGAGUAAUGAAUUUUAUGUCUCUUUUUCUUGAUGAUUAAUACAUGUAUAUAUUUGUCUUGUUGAUAUUGAAAGACCGCCCCGGUCAUGUUGCCACAUAUUAAGCGAAAGGCGGUAACAUCAUAUCCAAAGCUCCAUUUUGCUGUAGUCAUUUUUUAUUUGACGUCUGCAAAGUCGUUUAAUCCAUAAUAAUUAAGUUUGACUUGAGAUCACAUAUGUUUAUUUCUCAUCACAAAUACAUAAAAGUUUUCAAACUUGUCAAACUUCAGCGAAGAUAUUGGCUAUGCACUGUCCUCUAUUAGGGUAUCUUAUGGAGAUAAACCUUCCAGUAUCUACCAGCCGAGUACGGCCAUUUCCUCAAGCCUUCUUGGUCACAGUGACAUUCAGUAACGAUAAUCACUGUUAACGUUUCCUUCGCUUCGCUUGGACAAGUCGGUGACCCGAGAAAACGAUAAAAACCACUUGAGACUUCAUUAUGCCAUUAAAUUGUGGCCCUGAAAAAAUUUGAAGGAAAAAAAUAACAAGAAAAUCGACACGUGAGAAGUACUCUUUAAACGCUGACAAACGUCAAGAAGUUCGUUGCAAAUUUCAUAUGUUUGAUCCGAAAUCGCAAAAUUUACAAGGCCAUAAACGUUUUGCUGAGGACAAGGACCCAUCUGUUAUAACGAUUAAAAUAAAGGGAUGAAUCACAUAGUUUAUUAUAUAUAAUCCGUCAAAAGUUUGCUUAUCAUUGCCGGACAUUUUAUGAUAAAUUUGAAACCAAAUUUUCGAAUUGGGUCUUUCCAUCAUCCUGAACUUGUUAACGCAAGGCACUAACGGUCCUACGUGAACACACUUUUCAUGAAAAUGCGGCAAAGACGAAAACCAAGCCUUCAAAGGGCGUGGCAUUAUAACCACGUGACAUUGGCCUCCAUGGCCAAACAUUUUAUGUUAUAUUGUAGGGUGUUCUAUAUGUUAUCCAUUCUAUUUGUUAGACUUACGAAAUUUAAAGCCUUGGGGAUGGAUGGGUUCAAAUUCAGGAUGGUAAACACCUCCACAAAAUCUGGGUCUCCUUCACCUUAACGUCUCUAUUUCAUGUGGUGCUGAUUGCCUUAGAACGCUUUAUAGCAAUGAAAUAUUCUUUAAAAUACAACAGCAUCGUGACAACACGACGUUUAGCUGUGGCUAUAGCUUUGUGCUGGCUUUUUACGGGAAUAUAUUUUCCUCCCAUGUUUAUUAAAGCGCGUAUCACACGAGUUUUCGGGAUUAGCACAUCUUUAGCAGUGAUUUGUUUCUGUCACUUGUCAGUUUAUUUUGUUUGUCGCCGCCAUUUGAAUCGCAUUAAAUCUGAGCAAACCUCCAGGGAAGCCAGAAAAAAGUUCUUAGAUGAUCAAAAAGCUUGGAGAACAACCAUUAUUGUUUUAAGUGGUUUUAUUUUAUCUUUUUUGCCAGAGGUUUUGCGCGCUACACUCUUGCAACUAUUUUCAUUUCCAUUACUGACACGUUUAAGGCCACCGACAUUUUCUUGUAUUAUUUUAAAUUCAUUUUUAAAUCCUGUUAUUUAUUGCUGGAGGAGCCAAUUCAUUCGUCAAGGAAUGAUGCAACUUGUGGGAAAGAACGUGAACAUUAACAAUGUAUAAAAGAGCCAAAAUGUAUAUGAAAUCACAAUUAAAAUUUUGGCAAAAACUGUGUAAUUUUAUUGACGUUUUGAAUGUCUAGUAAAGUAAAAACAAAAUACAAAAAUAAAAUAAGUUUUGAGUUUAUGGCAAUCAAUUGUCUACUGUUUAACUUUAUAUUUCAGAAUUUUAACUUCCUUCUUAUCAUGUUUGCUUGUCAAAAGGCUUUGUGCGUUGUUUAUUAGGAGAACAGAGUUAUCUGACGGUAAUAAAAUAGUAAUAUACAAACACAGAGGUGUGAGAAAUACUCUCGACAAUUGAGAAUGCCGGUAUUUUCUCGUACAAAGUUACAAAAUCAGCUUUUAAAGACUCUUUCCCCUUUUACACGUUGAAAUUCAUUACAUUAACGAAGAAAAAGUUAAUUACGUCGCAAAACAGUCCAUAAAAUUAUUUUACAGUUAAAAAAAGUCAAAUCCGCAUUACAUCCUAAGGUCAUUUUCUUCACCUUUUUUGGCGGCUUGCUGCCAUUAGGGAAACUAAAUACGAUCCUUUGUAGCAGACAUAGUAUGAAAAGCAUCAUAGAGCUUUUUCUACUUUAGCUGAAGUAAAUUUACCAUGGGAGAAAUCUAGAGCUUAAUGUAUAAGCUAAUUUCUAAUCCCGCAAUAAUUCCUUUUCGCCUUAAUCAUAAAUUAAAGGAAAAUGAAAUAAAUAGAAUUCCAAUUUUUGAACCUCACAUCAAAGUUGACUUCCGGAGUCUCCCCUUCUGAGUCAAACACAGUUAAUUUUGCACCAGUUCGAAAACUCUAUUUCGAGAGUCUCAAAAUAGUGAAAAAUGAAAACAUUACUUAGCGUAUUUGAAUCAUUUUCGCCGGUCCACAAAAAAUGCUAAAACAAUGCACGAUGCAAAUACAAUAGUAUCCCUUACGGAGCAUGCGUAAUGCGAUGAAUGACAUCAUUGUAUUCGAAAACCUCUGUUUUCGCCCGUCCACACGUAAACGAGAAGCCAGCGUUUUCAAAGCUCUCCACUUAAAAGAUGUGUUUUCUGUGGCGGUUUUACCAAAAAAGGGUGGACGGUAAGCAAAACCAGAGGGAAAAAUCUCCGUUUUCAAACAAGAACAGAUUUGUGUGGACGGGGUGAUAAUCUCUGGAUGAACACAUUGAUGAAUUUCAUGCAAGCAGUUCAAAAUAAUCUCUGCUUAAGGAACGAAUUGCACCUUGGUUUCAAAUAGCUAACAUGACAGCAGUGAUAAACAAUAAACUAGGGAAGUUUUUAUUUGGAAAUCAAAUGACACCGUGAAGCUAAACUUUUUUCUGCAAUUGAUUUAUUAACAAUGUUUUGUAUCCGCAAUCUCGUGCGGCUAAAAUGGGGUUAAAGAAUCUAUAACUUGAUGUAGUCAUUUUAUGAGUCUUUUAAUCCAUCUUAAUCUAGUUGAAGUGAGAUCACAUAUAUUUAUUUCUCACCAAAAAAACAUAAAAAUUCAGUCAAAAUAUCCGAACUUUAAAAAGCUAAAAAAAAUAAGAAGCUGAAAUUAAGCUUCUAAAUUUAAGCUAGUCAUGUGGCACAGAAGAACCAUUCAUGGAAUGCUAAUAAACUGUAUUAUUAUUAUUAUUAUUAUCAUUAUUAUUAUUAUUAUUAUUAUUAUCAUUAUUAUUAUUAUCGACUGCACUGCUUUCUACAAGGAUAACUGUUAGAACUGAAGAAAACCCUUUGCGGCUAUCUGUAGGGCUAUUUCUCCAAGUCUAACAGUUAGGACUUUUUAAGGCUUCUCUUCUACCGGUCAGGACCUUAAACGGAAUACGCCUCGCAGAAUAAUAGGCCUUGCUUUAGCCACAGAAAACAGCCGACUUUUCGAGAUGCCACCAAUGGUUUCCCGCGAAAUUUCGUGGCCUGGCGUGGAGAAAUGUCGGCUAUUUUCUCAGGCUAACCUAUCUAUGGACUAAACAAGAGUGCAACGAAGGGUUAAAUCCGCAAAGUGCAGUAAGUGUUCAGUCAGCAGUUUCCUUUCUCUGAUUGUAAUAGUCGACAAAGUCAAAUUUGCCAAAGUUUACUGAUGAAAAAAUUAAUCUUCUUACACUUCAUCAUCAUCAUGCGUCCCGCUCUCGCCACCGACUUGCUGGAUAUGUUCUCGUUCGUCCCGAGUUCAAAUCAUCCGCCACGUAUGUAAAUAUCCAACUGAUUGACUCCCGCCGUCAGUUGAGGUUUUCAAUCAUGUUAUGUUCUAUUUUGCAUUAUUUGUUUCAAAUAAGUAUUCGAGUGGAGUGCCUGUAAACUAGCUGGAUAAGCUAAGUGCACUUUCCACUGUAAACAAACCUAAUUUAAUUUUUAGCUUGAAUUUAAUUUAAUCAUCAUCGGUCGACCGAAGAGCAGUCGACUGUAAGUCAUCUCCAACCGGCUCGAUCUUGGACAGUGCGCACGAUAUCAUCCUCGAUCAGAGAAAUGCUUAUUCGGGUCGAUCAAGAGCCAUAAUGGCUCUUGGGUCGAUUUAUUUCUGGACUUGGCUGGAAAUGGACUUGUGCGGUGUCAAUCGGGGUCUUCUCCCGUGGGAGGAAAACGCGUAGAUGUUAGCGGGUUCAUCCUUCCCCAUGCGAAAAAUGUGGGCAAGGAACUUGGGCUAGCUGACGUGAGAUGACCGUAGAUAGCAGAGGGCUAGUGACAGUGAGAUCGUAGAUUCGGUCAUUUGAGACUUUAUUUGCCGUUUGAUGUUCAAUAUGAUAGAUAGAUGAUAGAUAAAUCGUUUAUUAAAAAAAGAAACACCUCGCAGUCCGAAGACUGAAUUACGUGUAUAAUAUACAAGUUACAGUUAAAAUGGUUUUAAAAAACUAUAAUAAUAAAAAUGUACAAAUCUAAUAAAAACAUUUCACUUAGGAUAACCUUGUGUUAGGAAAAUAUACAUACUUAAACAAAUUUAUUUACAUUCUUAGGCUAUGGCUAAAAAUAAAAGAUUUUUUAAGACGAUCAGUCUUGCACACUGGCACGUUAAACUUUUUAUUGGUGCGCAGCUGCCUAUGGUGCUCAGCUUUAGGUGGGAGCAGACCUGCGAGCUUGUGAUUAAUGUCAAGAACAAUGUCGUUAAAAAGAUCAGACGAUAGAGACGCUCGCCUGUCAUAAAGAGAGGGGAUGCCUGCCUCAUUACGCGCGCUGUUGUAGCUUGCAUAAGGAAAGAUAAUGCGCAAGGCGCGCUUCUGAAUAAUAUGAUCUUACAACAUCGUUCCCAGGUUCUCUCCCCUACCCGUCGAGAGACAAGUGUCUCUCUCUCUCCCGCUGUCGCUGCGUAGGGACGGGCAGGAGAGAAUCCUGAGAAAGAGUUUGUAUGAUCUUACUGGCAGGAAGUGGCUAAAGCCUUUAGUUCGCACCCAUAUCAUCUUACACUAUGAAACAGAAUACACCCAGGAAUCGAAACUCAGAAUGGAACGGAGAUAUAUACAAAAAUGGAAAUGGGAAAGGUUGAAACGUGUAAACUUGGAAAUCGACGUGCCCGACUUGUUCGGGUUUAUAUCUGUUUCAAUUUGUAAGAACUGUGUGCUCUAUACAGUAGUGUAAUGCUCUGUUUGUUAUUGUAGUUUUAAUGAUUUGGUUCGGCAGGUAUAUGAAGGCUUUAGAAAAAUUCUGAAACAUUGUGAGGGACCUCGAGUCCCUUGAGUCCGGCUAGAAAGCGAUUCUGAAUUAUUUCAAACUCAGUGACCAAAGUGUUUAUUUUUAGUAUUGAUUCGUAAAUCCAAGCUUGAUUUCUAUAGCCUGUUCCAGGCUCCGACAUGGUAGGGUCCGCGAACUAUUGAAAAAGCGCUGCCGGCGAACACGAAUAUAAAACGGGAAGAAACCGGGGAGAAGAACGGCGGCUUCCCUUUUCCCGCCGCCGCCCCUUUUUUUCAGAUCACGCACACACGCGUCAUCUCUACUACCUGAGAGCCGAGAACAGGCUACGAGUUUUAGCCGUAAAUGGAGGAUGAUGAAAUUGCUUAUUUUAGGAAAGGAUGAUCUUCUUUUGUAGCUGUAACUUUUGUCUCCUUGUAGACAGCGCAUGCAAGUCAGAUGAAAUUGGCGUACUGAAAUGUCCAGAAGUUGAACAGAGCACUAUGACACCAACCACCCCAACUGAGAACGUUAAAACGAUAAAAGUGCCGGAUAUAGACAGCCGCGUAUUUAGUGAAGUAGAAGUUGAGAAAGGUGACAUUUUAAUUACUCUAUAAUUAACUCAAUUGUUUUACUGCGAUUUCCACUUUGUCAAACUGGCUGUGAAUUAGGCUGUGCUCAUACUAUACCGGAUACCUUUUUGUACCUACUCGAAAAAGUAUCCAAUACAGUAUGAAAACCUAUGUCCUAUAUGUGACUCUCCACUUUAGAGAUCUGCGCAGCGCAGCGCCUCGUCACGUUACAGAAACGCGCCGAAAUUACCGUUCUCAUGGGUGAACAGAACCCCAUCAGGUGUGGUUUUCGUGCCGGGGCAAAAGCUAUCCGGCAUCGUGUGAACACCUUUCCGAUGUGACUCUUCACUUUACAGAUCGGUGGGGCACAGUUUUGCUCCGAUACAGAAAUCCCGGUUUUGGAAUGGGAACAGAAGCCCUGUCCAGUACGCUUUUCGUGCCGACGCAAAAAAAUAUCCGCGAUGGUGUGAACACAGCCUUAGGGAGGGACUUGAAUAGCUGUUAAUCUAUACAUGCAUGAGAAUAACACAUAUCCGGGCAAUAUUAAACGCUUAAGUGUUAUCACCGCGAGCUAAAACUGUUACUUUAAAAACAAAUAAUGGCUGUGUAUAAUCAUUAACAACUAGAUAAGAAGUCAUUAAUGGAAGUAAAGCUGAAUUCUCCCACCCCAAGCUCUGAAAUAACAAUAGUUGCAUGACUGUUCAAACUUGUAUCAGUUUCUUUAGGCUUUCCUUCUCUUGCUCGCUUGACGCCUGAUGGUCAAAAUCAUCAAGCUUAUCAUAACUUUUUUCUGGAGUUCUUGGAAAUACGAUGAUUCUUGCCAUCGUUAUCAUUAAUUACUACUGACAUACUUACUUAUCAUCUCUCCUCAUACUGUGUCUCUUCAUUGCCUGGGGGAUCGAUCUCACCACGUUGCUGUUCCAUUUAUAGGAACUUGGUGGUAGUCGUUAAAAGAGGAAAAGUAGUUGUGUGUAAAGUGAUGUGAUCCCUUCAGACUGACGUGCUAAUGAAAACAAAGAAACAGAAAAAAAACGCAAAGUCUGGACUAAGCCAUCUUUACAACUAAACUACUAAAGAGGCUGUGCUCCAUUUCACAGUUCUCAAAUUGUAUUUUCCACUCAUCAACUAAUCAGCUGCAGCAUAGUCAUUUUGUUUGCACAACUCGGCUGUGCUUCCAUCUAAACUAUGACAUUGUGACUUGGUGCCUUUAGCUGCUGAUGAUGAAGCUCUAAAUUGGUUGCACUGUUCUUUCACCUAGUGCCUUUUAACCGCUGUUUCAAAAGCUCUCAGUUGUUUGCACUUUUGCUUUUCCUAACAAAAGCCUCUUUAAUGCUUCUAACUGUUGUCAAAUGAUCCUGGUAGAAACUAGUGACCUUUAUCCCGCGCACUGAGUCUAUUUUGCCAAACACCAAAAUUCUUGGAAUCGCGAGCAGAGGCUGGAGAAUGAACCACUGAUGCGCAUUCCCAAGCGUUGUGAUUAUUGGUUUAUUCUUCCUCUUUUACUUACGACGUCGACUUUUACUUGGUCGUCAGCGAGGGUGUCUCAAUCAGAACCUAGGAGCAAACUCUAUUGACUUUUGAUGACGAAUCGGACUCCAACUCCGUCGAUUUCUAGUCAUUACCCUUGCUCUAGAUAUCAAGGAACCAGCGGAGCCGCUUGAAGAAACUGUCUGUGAAUAAGUGGCCAAUGGUUUCACAUUAUGGUUAAGAUUGUCUUCCUCUAUAAAGCUUUAGCGCAUAUAGAGAUUAUAGAUUCAAGACAGAAUAACAGAUGAAUGGUUGUCUCUUUGUAGAUAGCAAUUUUAGUUUAAAAGUGGGUGUAAAAUGGCCAGAAGUUCAAACUGCAGCAUCAACCACAGCAUCGUCAACUGAGAACGUUCAGACAAACUCAGUAGAGACGAAAACACCAGAGUUUGAUGGCCGAGUUGGUGAAAUUAAAGUUAAGAAAGGUGACGUGUAACUUUUACGACGUUUUUCACUUUGUAAAAUGGGCUGUUGUUUAUUAUCUCUCUUCUAGCUAUAUCAGCUGUAUAUUAGUAUCUUUUUACUGAUACUCCAAGCACAUGUGUUGCACCCUUCUCUUCACUGCGAUUAUUCCUCAAAGCAUCUCCGCUCUGAUAAACUGCUCAGAAAUUCCUGCACAACCAAAUAAAGAAUGGCUGUUAAUGUUCGACAAGACGUAUGAUCGACUGGCGAAUCAGAAGCCAGGGGCCAUCCCGAUGCAGCUUUAAGUUCUUUUCGGACUGCCUCAGAAUAAUAAUGGGACUGACUAUUUAAGUCUCCGUCUAGUUUUCUUUUCCUUUACCUGUUCAAUUUUGGCCUGCUUACGAUUAGACUGUUAAAUGGACUUACUGCUCAAAGUCAUUCACUCUGUUCAUCCUUUGAGCUAUCGAUCUAAAACGCUGGGAAAAGAGAACCGAUGCUUUUUCACUGUUUAGAAAGUAACAUUCCUCUCUUUGAAAGUAUCUUCCCUUAGCGUCAUAGUCAUUAUCAUUGUAAAAAAAGAUUCGCCUGUAUUUCAAGUUAUCGAGUCGCUAUAUUAUUAUAAACCUCCGACAUUCAGGGUAUUAUUCAAAAGGUUAAAGACAUCGAAGGCUUUGCAACAUCAUGAAUUUGUGACCACCAACUGGAUCACCCCUGCUAUGAUUUAUUUCCCGUCCAUUUCAUUUAUUGUAUUAUUUUUUUUGUUUUAUUAAACUUCCACAUUUCUUCAGGUAACCUGCUCAUAUAGUGAGCCACUCCCUCGAUAACAGCCCAGUAACGAUUAUUCUCUUGUCCUCAGUUAUUCGAAAGGUGCAUAACGUUAUCCAUCGGAUAAGUCUCUGUCCACUGGAUAGCGCAAUUGGUUUCCCUAACACUUAUCCUCUGCAUAGUGAUUUAUCCCGUGGAUAGCGCUAUCCAGCAUUUGAACAACCGGGGCUUGAUCAGAAGAGACAGGUUCAGAAUAAUACCCACUGUUCUACCAAAAAUAUGUUCUUUUCCAUUCCACAAAAGCUAACGGCAUUUUUCUCUACUAACCAAGCGUACAUUUUUUUAAAAUUAGAACUCCCCAUAAUGUGCGACCAACUCUUCUCAUAAGCCAGCGAUCACCUAUCCAAAAUACCAACAUUUUCCCAGUCAAAUGGCUUUUAGUUGGAAUCUCUUUUAAGCGGCUGCUUGAUGCAUGGUCUGAUCUCUAUGUUCGCUGUAUGUACUACGCUACUCAGAGCAUACAAAGAACUUUUAGUGGCAACACGGAGUUUAACAUAUCGUAGCCUAGAAUUAAAAUUGCAUGCAGUAAAUUCUCCUUCAAAAGAAUAUGUUUCGGGGCCUCGGUGGUUCGAUUCUUAUUAGCGACCACUGAAUCUUUGCAUUUUGGCUGGUCUGUUGAGGUCACAAAUGUCAUAAUUAAUUGGUGCCAAAUGUAAUAGGGUUGUUAGUUGUGACAUGAAAUUGGUGCCAAAUGUAGUAGGGUCCCAAAUGCAAUACGAAAUCGGUUCCAAAUGUAUCAAUGAGGAAGGUCACAAAUGUAAUAAAAGGGAUCACCUUCGUAUUACGUUCUUGGUCACAAACGUACUCCCGCGAACGCGGGUAGAGAGAAGAAAUACGGGUGGAAAUACGUUUGCGUUCGCAGCAAAUUCAUUUUUGCCCCAUUUUGUGUUAUGUCAAUGAUAAUGAUUCAAGCCCUAAACACGCUUUCCACCAACAUUCAGUACGUUUGCGACCUACCACUGAGAAUAUUUGUGACCAAUUCCUCACUACAACUGCAAACUGUACUACAUUUAUGACCCACCCCACCCUUAUUACAUAAUCAAGUAACCCUUGUGACCCAUUCCUUAUCACAGUGUGGUGACCCUUAUUACAUUUGGCACCAAUUUCGCAUUGCAUUUGGCACUACCACCAGUUAUUACAUUUGUGACCUCAACUAGUCGCUUACGGGAGGUUCGACUGCAUCAAAUUUUGAGCCUUUUAAGGCAUGAACUCUGGUCGAGUCAAGGUGUGAGUAUUUUUUUUUUUAUCAAAAGUCAUAACUCAUUCUCAAGACAUUUUCUUAUCUUGUUCUCCUACAGAAUUAAGAGCUUGGAGGGCUGUUGCAAUAGCUCUUGUUUGCACUGUUGCGUUCUCAUUUGCUUUGAUCUGCUUUCUGUGCCGGUAAGUUAACUCUAGAAAAAAAUCAUUGAUGAAAAAAAUUCUUGAAGCUGAAAAUGCUUCCAUUAAUGUAAUCCAGUAAUCAAUAUUGAAGCAAGCGUUUCCUUGUCCAUCCAUCAUUUAGUCUCUUGACAGUGAAUUUUUAAUUGAAAAGGUUUUGUUUACUGAAUUGUUAAAGCAACAGUUUAAACUGUAUGAAACUCUGUUUUAGUCAUUGCUAAUAUUUUUAAAUGAUUUAUUGGGCAGAAAAUUCCGUAGACAGCAAAACUCUUCUCAGGAUAAGAAAAUAUAGGAGUGGCUUAAUAUGCUAAUGGUAGAGGACAUGAUGGAAGUCACGUGUCUCUUCAAGAGGAGUACCGUAGAUUGUUGUGUACUGUAGUGUGUGGUGUGACAUCAAUUGUGCAGAUUCCGUUUGCUGAAUGCGGUCAUUAGAGUCCAUCAAGACUGAGUUAUACGUAGAAGAAUCUUCAAGUUUUUCCAAACAAAGACCUUUCUCAGCUAGAACUGUACGGUGUCAGCUCACACUCUUCCAUGAAGCCAGCCGUACAAUUCAGGAAGGUAUCGCCCGCCCGAUCUCCGACUUUCUGCGUAACUGGUUUCUGACUCUGUAUAUCUGAAUGUUACAGACGUUUUAAUCAAACGCAUUUUAGAUCAGCCUCAAAACUCUCUGGAGCCUGCAUAGCUGGCGAAAUUGUCUGUUUGUGCGCGUGAGAGUGUUGUCAGUGAAGCCGCCAUUCGCCGCUAUUAGCCGCUAGAGGCAAGCUCAAGGCGUCUCUUUCCCAUUCUCCACGUUGCUUCCAAACUAUUCUUCCUUAGUGCGUGCACUGACGAUAUCGCCAGCUCCGCGAGCUAAACUGUCUGAAAAAGGUCUUUACCUUAAUGAUAAUAAGGUAUCCAACACUUAUUUAACACUUUGCGUCGGUAACAAAGUUGUAAUUGCACGAAAAAAGGGCCAAUGAACGACUGUUGUCAGAAAACCGA